CGGGAGGGACGCGCAGGGGCCGCCGCCGCCGUCGUCAGGCCACCGGGGCGAAAAUGCGGCCGCUGCCGAAGCCUCGCUAACUUUCCCGGGCGGAAGAGGAGGAGGAGGAAGGGGCUUGGCGCGAUUGAGGGGGAUGCGGAGAAGCAGUCAGUUCCCUGCACCCAGCACCUCACAGCCCUUUCUCCGUGCGCCCCGCGGGGCGGCGAGCUAGGCGGCAGCGGCGCGGCGCGGGCUCGGCGGAGCGGCCCAUGUCCGGCGCGGGCGAAGCCCUCGCUCCCGGGCCCGUGGGGCCGCAGCGCGCGGCCGAGGCGGGCGGCGGCCGGCUGGGCUCCCCAGCCCAGGGAAAAUGUGAUAAAGACAAUACUGAGAAAGAUAUAAUUCAGGCUAGUGAUAGCCGCUUCGCACAUGGAGAGAUGCAAGACCAGUCCAUUUGGGGAAAUCCUUCAGAUGGUGAACUCAUCAGAACCCAACCUCAGCGCUUGCCUCAGCUUCAGACUUCAGCACAGGCACUGAGUGAUGAGGAAAUAAGCAAGAUAAAGAACGGCCACACAGGUCUGAGCAAUGGAAAUGGAAUUCACCAUGGGGCCAAACAUGGAUCCACAGAUAAUCGCAAACUUUCAGCACCUGUUUCUCAAAAAAUGCAUAGAAAAAUUCAGUCCAGCUUGUCUGUAAACAGCGAUAUCAGUAAGAAGAGCAAAGUAAAUGCUGUCUUUUCCCAAAAGACAGGCUCUUCACCUGAAGAUUGUUGUGUCCACUGUAUCCUGGCAUGCUUGUUCUGCGAAUUCCUGACCCUCUGCAAUAUUGUCCUGGGACAAGCGUCAUGUGGCAUCUGCACCUCAGAAGCCUGCUGCUGUUGCUGUGGGGACGAGAUGGGGGAUGACUGUAACUGCCCUUGUGAUAUGGACUGUGGCAUCAUGGAUGCCUGUUGUGAAUCAUCAGACUGCUUGGAAAUCUGUAUGGAAUGCUGUGGAAUUUGUUUUCCUUCAUAAAUAUUUAUCUUUUGUUUGUGUUAAAACUGGAGAGUGUUUAAAAAUUUUACUUUUGGGGGGGAAGAAAAGCACAUGGUAAGAUUCUCAUGAAACAAUGUGGUAUUUGCACUGUUAACUCAUUAUUGUAAGUAAUCUCUGAAAGCCUUUUUACUUUAACCAAAUCUACAUGGUUUAAUAUGUGAAAUUUUAACUACUUUAACUAGUUUUAUAAACUUCUUCAUAUGUUACAAUAAGUUAGGGACAUUUUAACACCCCUCUCCCCAAAUGUUCAAUGUCUUCUCCUUUUUACUGAUAUUUCUAUUUCUUCUAACUAUUCUCAGGAGCCCUUUGCUCCAAAUAUAUUAUUUUUUCUGUGGGUAUUUAAAGCAGGCAGUUUAUUUUGAUGUGUAUCCAUAAUUAAAAGUAAGCAGGCUUUAUUUUAAAAGAAACUUUAGGAAACAAACCCACAUAAUAGUUGGGAAACAGUGUUAAUCUCUCUGCCUUACCUUCUCCAAUUGUUCAACGGACGCUGAAUGCCUACUGUGUAGACUCUCUGCUUCAGGUUGUGGGGACAGAUACAGUUUCACUUCUGUCCACAGGAACAUGAGAUUUAGCAGACUAAGGAGAUCUGUAAAGACUGAACCAUACUACAAGGCAUACUGAAGUGGGGAUUGUAAGAGAAAUAAACUCAAAAGGCUGUCGGAAUACACAGAAAAUUGCUACUAAAAUAUUCAGAAAGGCUUCAGGGAGGAUGUGUAUUUGAGGACUCUCUUAGGAUGAGUGAUUCAUCUGUUAUUUAAAUGAAUUAUUUAGAUUUUUGACAAAGUUUUAGGUGGACACCCUAAACUGUGUGUGCCCUUAACCAGUUAAAAGAACAAUGCCUUCCGCAUACCUUUUUGUUAUUUGCAGGAAUAUAGUUUUUAAAAAAAGCUAUCAAGUUUAAAUUAACUAAAAACAUGCAUUUUCUUAUACAUAACUUAAAUAUUAUCAUACUUUUUUGAUGAAAACAUAACGCCUUAGUAAAAUAGCUCUAUCUAAUAAAGAAGUUGAUUACUCUGACACAUUACAUUUAAAUUAGGAAAUUUUUAAUAUUAAAAUCCUAGUGUUCUGAGUUAUUCAGAGGCUUUCUUAUUUUGAGAGCUUUAGGUCUUUUGGGAUGAGAGCAUUUUGGUUGUUUGCUCUGGUUCGUUUCUUAAGCAGUGCUAUUUUUUGUAAACACAGAUAAAUGCGAAACCAUUCUUUUCAAUGCAGAAGAAAUCUAGACAUCCACUACUAUGACCAAAUGUCUGUGUUAUAAUUUUAUGUAAAUUAAACUAAUAUGGCAGGUUAUAAUAAUCCUUAAGUGUAAAGAAAUAAGUCAAUUACAAGACUAAUUAUACAGUUAUUGAGACGUGGAGACUGUGUGGCUUAGAUGAAAGGGAGAGUAAAUGUUCAUACUAUGCACUCUCCUACUCAGUUUGAUCUCUCUAAAAUUGUAGUUUGGUUUGCUUUAAUACACGUCUUUGUAGAAAUUUUGAAAGUAUGCUUUGGGAUUAAUAAUUAUUUUUAAUUUUUCUGGCUGAAUAUCAAAUUAGUAGUAACAACAAAAGCAUAUUUUUAGGAAGCCUUCAGCAAACCCACCCUUUUACGAGAAGUUUUUAAGCUAAAGAAUGAGAAUAUCACCUGUAGUUUUUCCUUUGAGAUGAAACCUAGUUUUUAGUUAUAUCAUUACUUAAAGGGCUUAAAAAAGAAAAAGCAAACUUUUGAAUGUUUCUUUUAUUGCUAUUUACACAUACAUACACACAUUAAAAAAACCUUUAAAUUUUUGGGUCUAAAUAGAAUUCUAGUAAACAGCUCUCUUCAUUUUUCUCCUCUAAAGAACUUCUUUCAUUUGUUACAUAAAAUAUAAGGAAAUCUUUGAGCUAUUUUACAGUAACCAGAAUCUGAAUAUUUACAUAUACCCCAAAUUAACUUAUGCACAUAUAUUAGGAUGUGAGAAUAUCAUGUUUAUGGACACAUAAAACCUUCUAAUGACCUGGAAUUGUUAGAAUAUUUGAGUUUUUAUAUGCAAAGUGUUUCAGCCAAGUGACUUGUCUAAUAUUUAAACAUAUACUGUCACAAUUUGUGAUGAAAAUAUUAGCACAUUUGGAAUAAUGUUUCUCCGUAACAGAGAAUGUUAAUGGAUACCAGAAUUUUAUUUUUGUAUUUAUGUUCAUAGUACUUUUCCUUUUGUCUACUCCAGUCAGUCAUUCCAUAAAGCAUCUUGUAUAAUUAAACGGAAAACAGAAAAAGGAAAAGUAGGCAAAUGUGAAAAUAGUUUCAAUAUAUUUUAGGAUUUCUGUAUGUAAAGUGUUUUGUUGAACUAUAUGGAUAGUGACUAAAUGCUAGAAUUUAUGGUUAUAGUUGGUAUCCUUUUAAAUGUGGAAAGGCUUUUAAAAAUAUUUUAAAACUGGACUUGUAUUAUCCUGAAUACACUAUUUUGAAAAAUUUUAAAAAUAACUUCAUUUUGCUUUAGCAUAUAUUUAUAUGUGAUUGACAUAUUAACUUACAUUUGAAAGAAUUCAACCAUAAAUUAAAACGUAAGGAUUUCUUUAUCCUGUUACAUGCAUGUCUGAAGAUUUCCUCGUCUUGUUAUGUAAAUCACAUGACUCAAGCUCAUAAACGAACUAUGAAAGAUA